AUGGCUUCCUCACUCCGCCUCGGUAGCACUGCACCAAACUUCGACGCCGAGACCACUGCAGGCCCAAUCAACUUCCACGACUUCAUUGGCGACAAUUGGGUCAUUCUGUUCUCUCACCCAGAGGACUACACUCCAGUUUGCACCACUGAGCUCGGUGCUUUCGCCAAGCUCGAGCCCGAGUUUACCAAGCGUGGCGCAAAGCUCAUCGGUCUCAGUGCCAACACCAUUGAGAGCCAUGGCGGCUGGAUCAAGGACAUCAACGAGAUUUCCGGCAGCAACCUCCGCUUCCCCAUCAUCGGUGACAAGGAGCGCAAGGUCGCUCUUGCCUACGACAUGAUCGACCACCAGGAUGCGACCAACGUUGACGAGAAGGGCAUCGCCUUCACCAUCCGCAGCGUCUUCAUCAUCGACCCAAAGAAGACCAUCCGCCUGAUCCUCUCCUACCCAGCUUCGACCGGCCGCAACACUGCCGAGGUUCUGCGCGUGCUCGAUUCUCUCCAGACGGGUGACAAGCACAAGGUCACCACUCCAAUCAACUGGGUGCCAGGUGACGAUGUGAUUGUGCACCCAAGCAUCAAGACCCCUGAGGCCGAGAAGUUGUUCCCAAAGAUGCAGGUCGUGAAGCCAUAUUUGCGAUUCACACCUCUUCCAAAGGAGCAGACGUCUGCUGCGGUUUGA